AUGUUCAGUCGGAUUUUCAAAACCGUUCCAGCUCCCCUGCUAAGAACUCUUUUCUUGGUUGGCCCAAGCAAGUGCGUCUGCGACUCGAGUCGCAAAGCCGACCUGAUUUCGUUUCUGCCUUUCUUUUCAACCAUUUCGUUUUUUUCCUUCUCUCUUUUAUUUUUUCGACCUAUCUUAUUUUCUUUUCAACAUUUCUUUCUUUCGUUUUUUUCUUUUCAAUCUUCUUCAACCCUGCCUCCUCCCUAUCUUCUUUUCAACCCUCCUUUCUUUCUUUAUUUAUUUAUUUCUUUAUUUUUUCUUUCUUUCUUUCUUUCUUUCUUUCUUUCUUUCUUUCUUUCUUUCUUCAUUUAUUUAUUUAUUUUUCUUUCUUUAUUUAUUUAUUUUUCUUUCUUUCUUUUUCCUUUCUUUCUUUCUUUCUUUCUUUCUUUUCAACAUUUUUCUUCUUUUCUUCUGAAUCUUUCUUCAUACCAUUCUUUCUUUCUUUUUCUUUCUUUCCAUCCUUAUUUCUUUUCAAUCCUUCAUUAUUUUUUCAACGUUUCUUGCUUUCUUUUCAGCACUUAUUUUUUCAUUUCAAUUCUUCUUUCUUUCUUUCUUUCUUUCUUUCUUUCUUUCUUUCUUUCUUUCUUUCGUUCUUCCUUUCUUUCUUUCUUUCGUUCUUUCUUUCUUUCUUUCUUUCUUUCUUUCGUUCUUCCUUUCUUUCUUUCUUUCUUUCUUUCUUUUCAGCCAUUUUUUUAUUCAGGCCUUCUUACUUUCAUUUCAACACUUCUUUCUUUCUUUUUCUUUUUAAUCCUCUUCAACUCUUCUUCCUUUCUAUCUUCCUUUCUUUCAUUCUCUUCAAUUACUUUUUUCAACUGUUCUUUCAUUUUUUCUUUCUUUAUUUCUUUUCAUUCUCUUAAACCGUUCUUCAUUCCUUUCUUUCUUUUCAAUCUUUUUUCUUUCUUUCUUUUCAAUCAUUUUCUUUUUUUAAACCUUCUUUCUUUCUUUUCAUCGUUUCUCACUUUCUUUCUUUUCAAUCUUUCUUUUCUUUUUAAUUCCUUCUUUCUUUAUUUCCAACGUUUCUUUCUUUUUUUUAAUUUAUUUUCAACCUUUCUUUCUUUCCUUCUUUCUUUCUUUCUUUUUUUCAUUCUUCCUUUCAUUCUUUCUUUCUUUCUUUCAUUCUUCCUUUCAUUCUUUCUUUCUUUCAUUCUUCCUUUCAUUCAUUCUUUCUUUCUUUCUUUCUUUUUUUCCUUCUUUCUUUCUUUCUUUCUUUCAUUCUUCCUUUCAUUCUUUCUUUCUUUCUUUCAUUCUUUCUUUCUUUCUUUCUUUCAUUCUUUCUUUCUUUCUUUCUUUCUUUCUUUCUUUCAUUCUUCCUUUCAUUCAUUCUUCCUUUCAUUCUUUCUUUCUUUCUUUCUUUCAUUCUUCCUUUCAUUCUUUCAUUCUUUCUUUCUUUCUUCCUUUCAUUCUUCUUUCUUUCUUUCUUUUUUUCAUUCUUCCUUUCAUUCUUUCUUUCUUUCUUUCAUUCUUCCUUUCAUUCUUUCUUUCUUUCAUUCUUUCUUUCUUUCAUUCUUCCUUUCAUUCAUUCUUUCUUUCUUUCUUUCUUUUUUUCCUUCUUUCUUUCUUUCUUUCUUUCAUUCUUCCUUUCAUUCUUUCUUUCUUUCUUUCAUUCUUUCUUUCUUUCUUUCUUUCAUUCUUUCUUUCUUUCUUUCUUUCUUUCUUUCAUUCUUCCUUUCAUUCAUUCUUCCUUUCAUUCUUUCUUUCUUUCUUUCUUUCUUUCAUUCUUCCUUUCAUUCUUUCAUUCUUUCUUUCUUUCUUUCUUCCUUUCAUUCUUUCUUUCUUUCUUUCUUUCUUUCUUUCUUUCUUUCUUUCUUUCUUUCUUUCUUUCUUUCUUUCAUUCUUCCUUUCAUUCUUUCUUUCUUUCAUUCUUCCUUUCAUUCUUUCUUUCAUUCUUUCUUUCUUUCUUUCAUUCUUCCUUUCAUUCUUUCUUUCUUUCUUUCAUUCUUCCUUUCAUUCUUUCUUUCUUUCUUUCUUCCUUUUAUUCUUUCUUUCUUUCUUUCAUUCUUCCUUUCAUUCUUUCUUUUUUCUUUCCUUCUUUCUUUCUUUCUUUCUCUCAUUCUUUCUUUCUUUCAUUCUUUCUUUCUUUCUUUCUUUCUUUCUUAUUAUCUUUGUAUCUUUCUUUCUUUCUUUCUCGGUAACGUUCUUUUUCUUUCUUUCUUUCUUUCUUUUGUAAAUGUCUACUCUCCUUCCUUUCCUUUUCUCCGUCUUUCUUUUCAGCAUUUUUUAAUCUAUUUUUUUCCUCUUUUUUAUUUCUUUCAUUCCUUGCUUAAUACUGUUUCUUUUUUUUGUCUUUUUUCUUUUUCUCUUUAUUUUUCUUUUUCUUAUUUUCUAUUGCCUCUCUCUGUUCCAUUUUUCUUUCUUCCAUUCUUUCUUUUUCCUUUUCCUUUAUUAUUUUUUAACUUUUAUUUUUCAUUUAUGAGUUUCUUCAUUGAUUCAAUUCGUGAUUUUAUUUUUUUUUAUUUUUCUUGUCUUUUUUCUUUUUUCAUUCGACCUCUUCUUUCUUUUUUUUUCUUUCGUUCGUUUCUUUUCUCUUUUAAAUUUUUUUACUUUUCCAUUUUUCUUUUGUUUUCACUUUUUUUUCACUUUCACGUCUUUCAUCUGAUACGUAAUUUUCCUUUUUUUUUUUUCUUUUUUUUUUUCAUUGAAUUCUUUCAUUCUUUCUCCCCGUUACUUUUUUCACGCUUAUUUAUUUCCCUUUUUUUUUCUUUCUUCUAUUCGCCUUUUCAAUCUUUUCCUCUUCACUCUGUUUUUUUCUUGGCAUUUUCAUCACUUAUUUUCACCUCAAUUCCUAAACAUGAUUUCUAUUUUUGUCUUUCUUUUCUCUUAUUUCUUUUUUUUUUUUUUUCUAAUCGUUCAUUAUUUCUUUUUUUGUUCCUUUACUUUUAUUCUUUUAUUCGUUCAGAGGGGGGGAAUCUCUCUUAA